AUGGAUGCAUUGUGUGGGGUAUUGGCAGAUCCCACUAGCAGAGGAGACCAAGCCCUUACAACAUUCAUCACGCCCUAUGGUCGGUAUCGCUAUCGUCGUUCUCCUAUGGGAUUCAGCGCCUCAGGAGAUGCCUACUGCAGGAGAGAAAAGUUUAUCAUUGCAAGCCCUGCUGUAUCAUUUUGUGGAUACACAUUAUCUGAAGAUGGAAUUGCAGCUGAUAAGGAGAAGGUUCGAGCUAUAUCAGAGUUCCCGAAGCCAGCAAAUCUGACAGAUUUAAGGUCAUUCAUUGGCCUUACUAACCAGUUGACAGAUUUUUCACCCAAUCUUGCAGCUGCAGCAGAUCCACUUCGACCACUAAUGAGCCCCAAGAGAUCCUUUACGUGGACGGCAGAUCACGAUGCUGCCUUUGCCAGUGUUUAA